CUCACCUAACAAUCUUCGUCAUGAUCGGUCGUACCGCCCUCCGAAGUGCUCUCCGCACCCCCACCUCUGCCCGACUCUUCUCGAGCAGCGCAGCCAGCAACAGGGCCGUCGCCGUCCUCGGUGCCUCUGGAGGAAUCGGACAGCCUCUGUCCCUCCUGCUCAAGAACGACCCUCUGGUCACCCAGUUGCGGCUCUUUGAUGUGCGACUCGCCCCCGGUGUCGCUGCUGACAUUGGUCACGUCAACACUCCCGCCGUCACCACCGGCUACUCCCCAGAUGGACCCGAGGGAGGCCUCGAGAAGGCUCUUGAGGGUGCUGAGGUCAUCGUCAUCCCAGCUGGAGUCCCCCGAAAGCCAGGAAUGACCCGUGACGACUUGUUCAACACCAACGCUUCCAUCGUUCGUGACCUGGCCAAGGUUGCUGCCAAGGUCGCCCCCAAGGCCCACCUCUGCAUCAUCUCCAACCCCGUCAACUCGACUGUGCCCAUCUGCCGAGAGGUCUUCAAGAAGGCCGGUGUCUACGACCCCAAGAAGCUGUACGGUGUAACCACCCUCGACGUCACCCGAGCCUCCACCUUCCUCUCGGGUAUCUCCGGUGCCAAGCCUUCCGAGACCAUCGUCCCCGUCGUCGGUGGCCACUCCGGUGUCACCAUUGUCCCUCUGCUCUCGCAAGCCGCUCAGGGCUCAUCUGUGCAGGCUGGUGAGCAGUACGAGAAGCUCGUGCACCGAAUUCAGUUCGGAGGAGACGAGGUCGUCAAGGCCAAGGACGGAGCUGGUUCCGCCACCCUCUCUAUGGCCUACGCCGCCGCUGUCUUCACCAACUCGCUCCUCAGGGCUCUCAAUGGUGAGAAGGGCGUAAAGGAGUGCGCCUACGUUGAGUCGCCCCUCUACAAGGACCAGGGUGUGGACUUCUUUGCCACCCCCGUCACCCUCGGCACCGAUGGUGUAGAGGAGAUCCACCCCGUUGGCAAGAUCUCGUCCGAGGAGGAGAAGCUCAUUGAGGCCUGUGUCCCCGAGCUGAAGAAGAACAUCGAGAAGGGUGUCUCGUGGUGUGCCGAGAACCCUUAGACGGAGAAAAAGGAUUUUCAGCACUGAUUCCCCAAAGGUGGACGGA